AUGGAUAAGCAGAUCAGAUUGCUGGAAAAUCCGUUUGCAAAGAGACACACAAAGGAAUCCCCUCGGUAUGCUCUCACGGUGCUGCCCGAGUAUUGCCACAAAAUCUUGCACGAGAACAAGACGUGGGAAAUUCGUGGCCAGAAAUGCGCCAAACAUCUCACGGAGCGCAUCUGCAUAGCAGAAUCGGGUUCAGGCAUGUUGGUGGGUGAGAUGGUCAUAUCGGAAAGCCGUCUCAUCACCAGACAGGAACUCGAGGCGAAUCCGGACAAGCACCAAAUCGAGAACCUGAGCUUGGUGCGCUACAAGAACAUCUAUGCGUGGACGGUUACCGAUGUAGAAGCCUAUGCGCAGCCGAGACCUUACGAAAGACCCACGGGAGCCGUCAAUUGGGUAGACCUGCAGUACUUCGGGGAGAUCCGCAGCGCUGCAGUGCGCCAACGAGGAGUCAUCGCAAAACUGGACCGGAAAAAGCGCUGCAAGAAGAAGGCCAAGAAGGAGCAUGACCGAUUGAAGCGAAAGUUCCCAUCUGUGUAUGCAAAAGAAGCUCGCGAAGACUCCGAGUGGAUACCCCCUCGAAGUGCGGCCUUUCGAAAGUGGUGCCUCUGGGAUUCGUGGCAGAUGUGCUCGGUAUGCAGCCGCAUGGUGCCGACAGACUAUCGCAGAAGCCAUGCCAAAGGCACCGCAAAGGGCGACCCGCAGAUCAAAGCAUGCAGUCACUGCAAGUCCAAUGCCGCACAGGGGUACUGGGCUCCUACGCCGGAAGAUGUACCUCGAAGACUGCGAAAGCUGUCGGCGCAAACUAUCGAAGCUCUGAGGCCUUUGCAGAUUCAUCCGACCUUCAAGAAGCCGUUCCGUGCCCCCCACGGCUACCUCAUUCAUGCGGACAUGAUGCAGUUCUCCUUCAAGCCAAUUUCGGUCGAAGAGGCCCUAACACGUCUUCCAAGAAAAGAGCGUCGUCGGGGAGAGAAAGCAUUGAGGUACUUAAAGGGUUCAGAUGGCACCCCAGACACGUCAUCCUACGUCGAAUUCUGGAGAAUGCAUCAGAAGUUCUUGCGACACAGAGAACGUGCAAUCGAGAGAGGAGACAUCUGGGCCGAUGCCCCGGUCAAGAGAAUGCCAGCCAACUUCAUCGAGACCGCAGGGCUGGAAUAUGAAGAGGAGGAAAUGCGAGAAGAAGAUGCAGCGUGGCAGCCGGCAGCAACGAGGCAAAGUGCCAAGGCUAGCUUCCUGGCUAAGGUGCACUCGGCCGUGAUCGGCUACAACUCUGAUCCACAGCUGUUGCAAUUCGUGUACGACCUGUGGCUCUUCACUACCAUCGGUGGAGCCAAGAACGCAUCCGGCGUGGGCAUCAGGGAGGCGCUGGCAAACAAGCCUUAUUCGCCUGAAGUCUGGCGCACCUAUCACACGGCCCUCGUCGACCUCCAAAGACAAAUCGGGUGGCCUAGUCUCUUCAUCACCAUAGCCCCCUACGAAUGGUCCUUCCCGUAUCAUGCCUGGAUGGAGGAUGAGCUUGCGAAGAGCCUCAAAGAGCGUCUUCACUUACCUGUAUCCGAGACGCUGCAUCUUGCACACGUCCUGACGCAAGCCGUGAAAAGCUUGCUGGCGGACACUAGCGAAGGAAUCUUCGCGGCAGGACCCGAGCAAGGAAGCGUCGUGUACUGGGUGGCCAGACUCGAAUUUCAAGAUGGAAAGCGCAAACGCAGAGUUCACAGAGAUGCACAGCACUACCACGGCCGCGGAACACCGCACGCACACAUACUGCUCUGGCUUCGAGACGUACAGAACAUGAACUUCGCGAAUAAAAUCCAUGCGCACCUGCCAGAAGAAGCAGAUGCAGAGAUGCUAGACCUUGUGACAGGUUCGCAACUGGAUUGGCAAACCAGCGGCUGGCCCGUGCGCGAAGAGCCGACCGAAGUGACCAAGUCGGGAACGAUACAAUUGUAUCAUCCGAAGAAAGCCCAUGCUCAAAACUGUCGAGCCUACUUGCCGGACGUGCUUGCAGCUUUGAGAUGUCACUGCGAUGUGCUAGCAUCCGACGGCCGUGCUAUGGUGCUGAAAUACUGCGUCAGCCACUAA